AUGGUUGCGAACAACAAUGGCCUUGAUUCGCUUCAUAUGCGCGCCGAUCCGGACGCCCAAGCUACUGUCACCGACUUCCUCGAUUUCACCGAAUACCUCCCCUCUGAUAUGAUGCGAUCCCUUACCCUUAUUGGGAAGCUUGACCAAGCCUAUGUCGAUGCUUCAACUAAUGUGAAUGAUCUUACCUCUACAUGGGGCAAGCUGCCAUCUCUGCCACCAGACCAACGACCCAUUCCUGCCCAACUACGCAAAGAGAUAUCUGAGAACAUGACCCGCGCCGUCAGUUCACGAUCCUUUUCUCAUGCCGAAGCCGUUCGCGUCCACGAAAAUGUGCUUAGGCACUUCCAUAGGGCCCAGACCAUCCACGCGAAGCUUCAAGCUAUGCGCAAUAAUUUCCCUACUGUCGAAGAACAAAAGAGCCCCUCCCAGGUUAAGUCACCGCAGAUGGUUCGCGCUCCCAAGAUCACCCUUCGCCUUGACAACAAUGGUCAGAAGAUCCAGAGACCCCCCCGAAUCACCGUCCCCGGUGAAGUUCUUGCACCCUAUGAUAUGGAUUUUAACACCUACACCUCAUUAGGUGAUGAGAGCUCCGACGACGAGAUGGCCGAGGAAGAAGAAGGAGAGGGCGAGGUUGAAGGUGAAGAAGAGGAAGAAGAGGAAGCACCUACGUCUCCUCCGAGACGAGUUACAACCCCAUCUGCCCGCAUCAAGGUGGUCAAACAUCUUAAACUCCCUAAGCAGAAGAUUCCUAAACAACCGCGACCUCCUCGAGCACCUACCAACAGGCUAGAUAACGCUGGACCAAUAGUUUCCACAAGCACUGCGCUAGCUCAAUUGAAACCACCACCCGAGGACGCGAUCCCCGGCAGCGACGACGCUCCUUGGCUUCAACUGACGCCAUACGAGCUCGCAAAACUGCGAAAGCGCAUGAAGAAGAACGCCGUAUGGAAUCCAAGUGAUACUAUGAUAGCUAGGGAGCUCAAGAAUCUGGGUCGCGGUGUUGAGGCAUAUAGGGCUGCACAGAAGCAAGCUGAAGAGGAAGGGAAGCCUUUCGAGCCAGCCCUGCCCGCCCCGGUAGUCGAUGCCGAGUCUGGAGCCCAGCAUCCCCCUGAAGGUGCGAUCAGCGCCGAAGCCCUGACGGCAGACGAGGUACAGUUAAGCAAUCGUGGCAUGAAGUUGAAUGAGGCCAAGAAACUGAAACGUGAAUCCAUGGCAAGAAUAGCUGCCGAGGAAGCAGAAGAAUCAGCUAGGAAAAUGAUGGAAGCUGCUCGCAUGUUUCUAAGCCACGAAGCUUCUCCUUCUGUCAACGGAAGUGCACAAGAUAGGCCACCCGAGGCAAGCCAGAAUCAGGGCAAGAUCACUAGCAACACCGCCGGAAACGGCAGCAAACCUAAGACGAGAAAGCGCAAGCGCAACUCAAUGUCAGAGACUCCUGUUGCAGAGAGGCCCGAGGGAUCUCAGAGCCAGGCGGGGAAUCAGCAGCCUAGUCAAUCCGAGAGGCCUCAGCUAAAACGGACCAAGACUGAAACUCCGGUCCCAUUGCCUCAACUCACUCCUCGACCGCCAUCGGUCCCACCUCCGCCCCCAGCACCCACUGCCCCUACGGAGACCCCAGUUCCUGUCCCACAGCUGGGUAAAAUUUCCCAGAUUGCUGCGUCCACCAAGACGCCAGUACCCAUUCCUGUUCCGGUUUCUUCUGAUACUUCCAUGGUGACUACAAGGUCCGCCGCAUCCUCCUCCGCAACCAGCCCGGCUCCGCCAUCCAGUGCUACCACAACGGUGCCUGUAAAGCCAGCGGCGGAGACACCUAUUCUUCUCCCUAUUAAAACCUCAACUACUCCUAUUCCCCCACCAGUUCGAGAAGUCCCCAAACGGGAGACAAGACAGAACUUGCAGCCGGCUGCGGCCCCAGCUAACUCUAAGCAGUCAAGCUCUAGGAGCAAUACCCCCACAGCUACCUCUACGUCCGAAUACCCAUUAGCGCCAGCUCGUCGUCCCAAUUCACGUGGGAAAGCUGCAAGCCAAGAGCCUCCGACUAUUGCGGCUGAACGACCUCGACGUACGAGCACUGCUCGGAACACUCCUGCUCCUGAAUUGCGACAGCCUAGCAAACGGACUAAGCGACCAGUACCAGGCGUCGUCACUACAAAUUCGGGCGGUACCAGUGCUAUAGGAAAGCGCAAAGCAGCACCUCGUAAGAAAUCGCGUGGCGGUAAUCCCAAAAGGGACAGAGGCGCAAGCCAACAGGCCGAGCAGGAUGUUGAGGUUGAGGUGGAUGAUGAUGGCAAUGCCAUUGAUCCCGAGGAGCCAAGAUACUGUCUGUGCAACAGAGUUAGCUUCGGCACUAUGAUACAGUGCGAUAAUGUAGAUAAACUAACCAACCCCCACAAACAGAACUGCAAGCAAGAAUGGUUCCAUCUGGAGUGUGUGGGACUGUCCGAUAUACCACCACGCACGACGAAAUGGUAUUGCCCCGAAUGUCGCGUCUUGCUGAAUAUUGGAGGACGAGGAGAAGUUAACUCACGCGGUAUCAAACUAUGA